AUGGUUGCUGAGGAUUCAUUAGUUUGGAUUGAUAGUACUCAUGGUGAAUAUAGUGUUAAAAGUGGAUAUAAAUUGUUGAUGAAUGUAACAAGGAAGAUAAAUGGUGGAUCUCAACAGGAUGAUUGGUCUAGUCUUUGGAAAAUUUGUGCUCCACCAAAGGCUAAACAUCUUUUAUGGAGGAUUAGUAAAGGGUGCUUAGCAACACGUAUGCGUUUGCAAGAAAAACGUGUAUCAUGCCCGUUAUUAUGUCCAUUAUGUAACCUACACAAUGAAGAUGAUUGGCAUGUUGUACUUGGUUGUGAUGCUAGUUCCCAAGCUCGGCUAUCAGCAGGUCUUGAUCAAUUCUUAGCGCCAUUUUUACUGCAGGCCAGCAGUGUUAAAGAGCUUAUUUUUGCGAUUUGCUCUGGUACUGACAAGGAGUUGGCUGGUCUUUUUGCGAUGCUUGUGUGGGUUUUAUGGAAUAACAGAAACAAUGUUGUUUGGAACGAGUUGCAGGACAAUGGAAGAAAUCUGGGAUUUAAGGCACGACACAUGUGGGAGGAAUGGAUAUCGGUGCAACAGCUGCAGCAUGGUGCAAGAAAGAAUGCGCAGCAGCAGCCCAUCCGUUGGCAGAAACCAGACCAAAACUGGUACAAGUGCAACGUCGACGCGGGUUUUCACAAAGAGCUAAACAAGACCAGUCUUGGCUGGUGUUUGCGCGAUGAUAGGGGAAGGUUCAUCAUGGCAGCAACAGCAUGGAUGGAAGGCAAUUGUUCUAUAUUAGAAGGUGAAUCCUUAGCCUUGCUCGAAGCUUUGAAAGUAUUGGAACAAAGAGGAUUAACUCAUGUUAUCAUUGAGACGGAUUCUAAAAGCGUGGUAGAUGCAAUUUCACAUUUACGUGGUGGGAGCUCUGAGUUUAGUUUUAUUUCUUGCAAUAUCAAAAAUAUUUUGUUAUGUAAUCCAAACUUUAAGGUUAAGUUUAUUAAGCGGCAAACGAACAUGGUUGCUCACACACUUGCUCGGACGGCCGUUUCAUGGUCUUAUCGCUGUACUUUUGAAACAUUACCUCAUUGUAUUACUCCUAUAUUGAAUAAUGAAAUGAUAUAG